AUGGUAGCAUACUGCAACUUCUCUGGCCCCUCCACUUCUGGAAAAUCUCCAUCAAUGGCGAGAUUGAAUCCCAAGUUUUUAGAUCCGCUUUUAUGUGGUUUUGAUGUUGCCAUCAUCAACCUGCUACAAAAGUUAAGAGUUAAGACUUCAAAAGUUCAGUUACACUUAUUUGCACAUGGCAGAGUUAUGGUCAUGAAACGGGUCAGUUGGGAUACCAUGAUGAAACAAGGGCCACUCCACUUUGCCCCAACAUCGGCCCAAUACCCAUGUUAUAACGCUAUAAAGACACUAAAAGCACCUGUAACUUUGGACAAAUGCUUGGAAGCCAUUAAAACAUGCGUUUUUGUCGCAUCCAAUUAUCCGGUCAUCCUCACUCUCGAAGAUCGUCUUACUCCUGAUCUUCAAGCCAAAGUUGCAAAGAUGGUAACCGAAACAUUUGGAAAUGUGCUAUACAAGUACACUGGAUCCGACCUUAUGAAAGAUUUUCCAUCCCCAGAAUCAUUGAAAAGACGGAUUGUUGUCUCAACAAAACCACCAAAAGAGUAUCUUGAUACUCCCCGGAGUACGACAGGACAAAAUGAGAGCUCACUGAACGUUAAAGCCUCGUCUGAAGAGGAUGAUGAGAACAAGGAUGAAGACUUUCAAGAUGAAGAAGAGAUUGUGAAACAAAAUGUGGAGUCGGAAUACAAGCAGCUGAUAGCAAUCCACGCAAAGAAACUAAACGGAGGAGUGAAAGACUGGCUACAGGACGAUCCUACAGCAGCUAAACGUAUUAGCUUAAGGGAAACAAGACUUGAAAAGGCCAUUGAGAAUCAUGCAAAAGAUGUCAUUAGGUUUACCCAAAGGAACUUGUUAAGGAUAUUUCCGAAAGGCUCACGAGUUGACUCAUCAAACUACAAUCCUUUAGUGGGUUGGACUCAUGGGGCUCAAAUGGUUGCAUUUAACAUGCAGACCCAUGGUAGGUCAUUGUGGUUGAUGCAAGGACUGUUCAGAGCCAACGGAGGCUGCGGGUAUGUGAAGAAACCAGAUUUGUAUCUCAAAAAUGGCCCUGAUGACAAGAUCUUCGAGCCUAAAUCAACACGUCCUGUGAAAAAGACUCUUAAGGUUAAAGAGUAUAUGGGGGAUGGGUGGCAUUUGGAUUUCAAAAGAACACAUUUCGACAUUUACUCACCACCAGAUUUCUAUGUCAAGGUUGGAAUUGCUGGAGUUCACGCUGAUUCAACAAUGAAGAAAACGAAAAUCAUACAAGACGCUUGGACACCAAAAUGGGAAGAAGAGUUUGAGUUCCCAUUGACAGUUCCAGAGCUUGCAUUGCUUCGUGUUGAGGUACAUGAAUAUGACAUGACCGAGAAGGAUGAUUUUGGAGGUCAAACUUGUCUUCCUGUAUUUGAACUCAGGUCAGGGAUUCGAGCUGUACCUCUUCAUGAUCAAAAGGGUGAUAAAUACAAAUCUGUUAAGCUUCUUAUGCGUUUUGAGUUUCUAUAAAGUGCAAUGUCUGCCAACUAUCUGCAGUUUGCCUUUAUAAUGCGUUACAACAUAUGUUUUUGUGAAUGUUUAACCAAUGUAAUACUUUAUGUAUGUAUAAGAUUAUGGAUUAAAUACUCAGAUAAGUAAUACAUUGUUAUCAUUUUUGGCAAC